UCCAAAGAGCGUGAAACGAAACGAAUGGAACCAGCUGAAAUUCAGUACAUUAGCACACGGCCUUAUAGGACAUCAGUCCUUGUGACUGUGGGGUGAUUGACUGUACUGACGUUUCGUUCGUUCAUUUUCAUUAGCGCGUAAGGUGUACAAAAUAUUUUUAUCUGUGAACCACCAGCUUCGUGAGAAAUGUCAGGAGAUAUGAACAUGCACGCUGACAAGGAAUCUGGGCCAGUUUAUGGCGGGUGCGAGGGACCCGAUGCCAUGUAUGUGAAACUUGUCAGCAGCGAUGGUCAUGAAUUCAUAGUGAAGCGGGAACAUGCUUUAACCAGUGGAACCAUUAAGGCAAUGCUGAGCGGUCCUGGCCAAUUUGCUGAAAAUGAAGCAAACGAGGUCAACUUCCGUGAGAUUCCGUCUCAUGUUCUUCAAAAAGUCUGCAUGUACUUCACGUACAAGGUCCGCUACACGAACAGCAGUACAGAAAUACCAGAGUUUCCAAUAGCACCUGAGAUUGCUCUAGAACUUCUUAUGGCUGGCAAUUUCCUUGAUUGCUAAAUAAUACUACCAACUGAAACUCAAUGCGUCGGAGAAACAUCCAGGGUCGUGAUCGGAUUACUCAGGGCUCGUCGAUGUAGAUUUGAACUCUAGAUACUUAACGAAAUUUAUCAGAUUAAUACUUAAUAACGGGAUAUGAUGACACAGAGAAGAGUGCUGCACAUCGAAGUAAACCUGGAAGAGAUUAGCCUAAGACUUCGACCUUACAUGAACCCUGUCAGUCUGAAGUGCUCGAUGAAUUAUCAUUAUGUCUAGGCAUAAGGUUUCACAUCAAGUUAUCACGUCUGAAUUUGAAUCAUGCAGAACUGGUUGAAGUGCUAAAAUUUAUUUGUUUCAUUAAUGCCUGAUCCUCUGUAUGUAUACAUGUGAGCCAAUAUUAAUAUUUCAUGCAAAACUGUGUCUGUUGGAACAUAGCCAACGCGAGUAACAAAUUUAUUUUAAUGCUUUGUUCACAGUAUCAAAUUCAUUUACGGAUUUAAGAACAAAUGCUUUUAUGUAAAGAUUAUAAAUUCGUUAAUAAUAAUAAAAACUUUUAUAACCAUUAAGACGGCUGCCGAUUGAUAGCUGAAUAUCUAUUAGCUCACUAAUACACCAUGAUCUAAUCGAAUAAAAUGCUUUCACUAAGAAAUAAAUUACUCAAUCUAUUACUCUUACCCUGCCGAAUACUAAUUUCUCAAGUCUGCCAAUUUAUAUCUUUGCCAUACACACAAAAGUUGAAUCUGUUUACAUUAUUUACUUGACAGUUCGGAUUUGAUUAUUUGUUGCUUAGUGUUCAUCGUUCUGUGCAAAUAUCUGUAUUUGCUUCUAAUCCAAGAAAAAUUAAUUGAACAACCCAAUUUAAUUGGGUUUUUAUGAAGCGAUACUAGACAAUGCCAAUAAACUGAGUAUUAGAAAAAAUUUAUACGAAUAAGUCGGAGCGUGGAUAUAUUAAUAGAAAAAUUUUCAUAAUCCUGAAUCCAUUGAAGAUCAUAAUGACCUUGAAAUGCUGAUGAUUCUUGCAAGAAUCAAACCUAUAAGUAUAUCCAAAUGAGCCGAUCAUAGUUCCUCGGUCCAAGUUGGAUAAUUCCUUAGUAUACGACUGUGGCAAAAGGUAUCUAAAUGCUCAAACAUUCAUUGUGUUGCUAUUUCUGUAUUCUUGCAAGUUUCUUAAGCUGAAUAAUACCCAAUCCUCUUACAAAGAAAGUUGAAAUGAAAUAUCUAGGCUACUACAUAUAGAAUAGGGUCAUAAUAAUGUGAUUGAAUUAGGAAUUGUCCACAAAUGCAUCAACUUUUUAGAGGUUCUUUACAAACAAUGGGUUGAACGUAUAUUCUGCUUCAAAAAUAUUAUAAUGACACUUGUUAAAAUAAAAUUUAGGUAAACAAUUGACUUUUAUACCACAAAGCUUCAUUUGCAACUGCCCGGUCCCAAUGAAAGUUUUAUUAUGCGUAGCGUAAUGUGAUAUCACGUAUGAACAUUCAAUCAAUUCAAGUCCAUAAGUAAUUUACAGUAAGUGAUGCUGCACAAUAGUGCAUUCGAAUAAAAUUUAAUAACAAAUUGCUACGACUUUUUUCUGUAGCAGUGUGUGUAAAUCCUAUCAUAUACAAUGUCAAAUUACUUACAAGUUAUUUUUUAUCUAGCCAUAAGCUUCAUCUUAGCUGUCCCACCUACAUCUUGAGAAGAAUUGAUUAUGUAUGAUGAUUAAAUGUGAUUUUUCUAUACAACAGAUCAAGUUCUCGUUUAUUCACAUUAUGCCUAAUACCAUUAUAUACACCACAGAUAAAAUAUUUAAAGAAAAGCAUUUGUAACGAAAAUAAAUUUUGCAAUAUUUAAUCAAGUAGACCAUUCCAGAGAACUUACAAGUCAUUUCAUGCCUUAUAUUGACUGUUCUAAGAGAACUCUCACAGUGCCAGUGAAAGGUCUCUUUCACUAAAUAUUGUUUCUGAUAGUUUUACAAUACUUCAAUGUAUAGCUAAAAUUAUCAGUGCCCAACAAAAAUAUUGUAUUCGUAACUUGCUUUUAAAAUAUGCUGUUUCGUACGACAUUGCACAUGAAAUUUGUGACACAUGUUAAUAG